CUGAAUUUUAGAUUCAAAACCACAUUGUUUCUAUUGCCAAAAGCUCUGCUGCAUUUCUUCAUCUUCAAAAAGUGUUGGACAGCAAUUUUACAAUGAAUCUUCUAAGAAAGGCAAUCAGUAACCAUGCCCUACUACAAAGUCAGGAGAAAGGGAAUGAUUCAAGAAAGACUCUAAUAUGGAUUUAGAGCUCAAGGAGUAUUAUAACAAGACACUUGCCACAGAGAACAAUACUGCUGUCACUCGGAAUUCCGAUUUCCCUGUCUGGGAUGACUACAGAAGCAGUGUAGAUGACUUACAGUAUUUCUUGAUUGGGCUGUAUACACUAGUAAGUCUUCUUGGUUUUAUGGGGAAUCUACUCAUUUUAAUGGCUCUCACGAAAAAGCGUAAUCAGAAGACUACGGUAAACUUUCUCAUAGGAAAUUUGGCCUUCUCUGACAUCUUAGUUGUGCUGUUUUGCUCACCUUUCACACUGACCUCUGUCUUACUGGAUCAGUGGAUGUUUGGCAAAGUCAUGUGCCAUAUUAUGCCUUUCCUUCAAUGUGUGUCGGUUCUGGUUUCAACCUUAAUUUUAAUAUCAAUCGCUGUUGUCAGGUAUCAUAUGAUAAAGCAUCCUAUAUCUAAUAAUUUAACGGCAAAUCAUGGCUACUUCCUGAUAGCUACAGUGUGGACCCUAGGUUUUGCAAUUUGUUCUCCCCUUCCAGUGUUCCACAGUCUUGUGGAACUUCAGGAAACCUUCGAUUCAGCAUUGCUGAGCAGCAGGUAUUUAUGUGUCGAGUCCUGGCCAUCUGACUCAUACAGAAUUGCUUUUACUAUCUCUUUAUUGCUAGUUCAGUAUAUUCUGCCUUUGGUUUGUCUAACCGUAAGUCAUACUAGUGUCUGCAGAAGUAUAAGCUGUGGUUUGUCCAACAAAGAAAACAGACUAGAAGAAAAUGAGAUGAUCAACUUAACUCUUCAUCCAUCCAAAAAGAAUGGGAAUCAGCUGAAACUCCCCAGCAGCCACAAGUGGAGUUAUUCAUUCAUCAGAAAACACAGGAGAAGAUACAGCAAGAAGACGGCAUGUGUGUUACCUGCUCCAGCAAGACCUUCCCAGGAGAACCCCUCAAGAACACUUCCAGAAAACUUUGGCUCUGCGAGAAGUCAGCUCUCUUCAUCCAGUAAAUUCAUACCGGGGGUCCCAACCUGCUUUGAGAUGAAACCUGAAGAAAACUCAGAUGUUCAUGAAAUGAGAGUACAACGUUCCGUCACAAGAAUCAAAAAGAGAUCUCGAAGUGUUUUCUACAGGCUGACCAUACUGAUAUUAGUGUUUGCUGUCAGCUGGAUGCCCCUGCAUCUUUUCCAUGUAGUAACUGAUUUCAAUGAUAACCUGAUUUCCAAUAGGCAUUUCAAGCUGGUGUAUUGCAUUUGUCAUCUGUUAGGCAUGAUGUCCUGUUGUCUUAAUCCAAUUCUCUAUGGAUUUCUUAAUAAUGGCAUCAAAGCUGACUUAAUGUCCCUUAUACACUGUCUUCAUAUGUCAUAAAUAUCACGGUUUACCAAGGAAAGAACAAAUGUUGAGGUCAUCUAAAAUAUCAUUUAUAUUUUCACGAUAAUGAUGUAUUUAUAAUAAAUUUUGAUAACGUGGAAUCUAAUUUACAUUAAAGAGCUCUGGAUUUUAAUGUCAGUUUGUAAUAUAUGGAAGAUAAUUUUAAUGUGUUAUAACAUGAGUAAUUCAUUUAGUUGUACAGAGUCAGUGUCAAUAACAUAUGUAAUUUCAUUUUUUAAAGUAGUUAGAUAGUAGUUAUGUUGCCUUCCAUUUCAUGUUAUCUAUAAAUCAAUGGAUGGUGUUUUUUGCUUAAAAUAAAACUGAUAUCCAA